UCCUCAGAUUCCACUUCUAACUCAUCGUGCCCACAUUUCACGUGUAGUCAUCUGUUAAGAAAAGUUUUAAAAUGUUGCCUGCAACGUUCAAACUGUGUGCUGGUAUUUCCUACAGGCACACGAGAAACAUGACAGGUCUGAGGAAAAAUGCAAUGAUUGCAAUCCAUCAUGAGCUGAGGAAGUUUUCCGGACCUGGACCAAGUGCCUGGAUCAGCCACAUCCGAAGAAAAAGCUCCCUACUCAGCAGUCGGAUUGCAGAGGAGACGUACAGUGAAGCUGAGCAGUGUUAUGUGCAGCAGGGACAGGAUGCUCUGCAGAAGUCCAUCAGCAUCCUCAGUGACCAGGAUGGCUGGCAAACUGAGAUUGAGACUGCCAAUGGUGAUAAGGUGAUGAGUAAAGUAUUACCAGACAUUGGCAAGGUUUUUAAGCUGGAAGUGAUGCUGGAACAGAAGACGGAUGAUCUAUAUGAGGAGCUGGUGGAUAACAUGGAACAAAUGGGGGAGUGGAACCCCAAUGUCAAACAAGUCAAGAUUCUUCAGAAGAUUGGUCAAGAUACUAUGAUCACACAUGAGGUUUCAGCUGAAACACCUGGGAAUGUAGUGGGCCCACGAGACUUUGUAAGUGUCCGUUGUGCCAAGCGGAGGGGAUCUACGUGUUUCCUGGCCGGGAUGUCCACUCAGCAUGCUGGAAUGCCUGAGCAGAAAGGAUUUGUAAGGGCUGAGAAUGGACCCACCUGUAUUGUGAUGCGACCAAGUGCAGAAGAUCCGGAUAAGACAAAAUUUACCUGGUUGCUCAGUUUAGACCUUAAGGGUUGGAUCCCAAAAACUGUCAUCAACCGAGUACUUUCACAAACCCAGGUGGAUUUCGCAAACCAUCUAAGGCACAGAAUGGCAUCAAAUGGUGGCGUGGAAGCAGCCAUUGCCUGGUGACGUUCACAGAUGCUAUAACAAGGGCAGACUCUUUUCAGGGUCGAGUUCAUUCCAUCCAAAAUGGUCACACCCAUUUCAGCCUACACAGAUGUUACACAGAUACAGAGGUUAAAUUAUCUAAACAACAUGCUGCUCUUUGUUCAAGCCACACUAUUUUAACAUGCACAACAUUAUAAAUUGAGGUUACUGGGUCAUUGCAGUGGAGAUUUAGUAAGUUUCGAUUUCAAUCUGAUGUUAGACUCAGUGUACUUCCUCUGUCACCUCCAUUUUGUGGCUUGAACUUCCUUUUAUUCACUCAUAUACUUCUGCAGAAUACCACUGACUUUUAUUCUCUGGCUUAUUAGUUCCUAUUUUAUCUUUGUUUGUAAAAAAAAAAAAGAAGUAUUUAUUUUAAGUUAAUAUAAUAAUUGCAUCACACAGAAAAAGGAUGUCUGCUAAAUUAAUAUUCAUUA